AUGAAUCCACAAAACAUCUAUUAUCAACAGCAAUUAAAUAUGCACAAACAACAAUUUCACGACUCAGGUAUUGUUGAUGAAGGUCUUUCCGACGAAACUGGUUCAGUUGAAGAUGGUUCAAAUGAUCGUUCUGCUACAGACGAUUGUGAUAUUCCGAAAAAACCAAGUCAGUCCUACCUUGAAAUAAUUGCUGAAGCAAUUUUGAAAGCACCGAAACGUACAAUGCAAUUGUACGAAAUCUACGAAUAUUUCCAACGAAAAUAUCGAUAUUUUGCUGAAGAUGUGAACAAAUCGUGGAAAAAUAGUGUAAGACAUAAUUUAUCUUUAAAUGAUUGUUUUGUUAAAGCAGGUAGAGGACACAAUGGUAAAGGACAUUAUUGGCGAAUCCAUGAGUUAGCAGAACGAGAAUUCGAACAAGGACGUUUUCGUCGUCGACGAUAUCGUCAACAGAUGCAACAGUUAGAAAUGCAGUCAUCAUACGAAACACCAGUUGUUCCAUCCUACUAUCCUUCAAAUUCCUACUAUAUGUGCGCCCCGCCACCACCGUAUCAGGCAAUUUAUCCACCUUCGAACAGCUCAUCAGAAAAUCAUCCGAUGAGUCCAGUGGAACCGUCAUCGACCAUGUCAAAUUUUUAUAUGUCAACUCCAGCAUCCUCCUCCUAUGCAUAUUAUGAUCCGUACUCGACAUCUUAUUAUCCAAUGCCAAUGUCAUAUCCACCCUCAACGGAACAAAUUCAUUUCGAUGCUUAG